AUGGCUGAUAGGUAUUCAUUCUCAUUAACAACAUUUUCACCAAGUGGUAAAUUGGUACAAAUUGAAUAUGCGUUAAAUGCAGUUAAACAAGGUGUUACUACCAUCGGUAUUAAGUCUGCCAAUGGGGUUGUGAUUGCCACAGAACGUAAAGCCAACUCCAAUCUUCUUAAAGCAGAAUCCAAUAAUAAAGUGGAAUUAAUCACGCCAGAUAUUGGUAUGUCAUACUCAGGGAUGGGGCCAGACUUCCGGGUGCUCGUGGAUAAGGCCCGUAAGCUUGCGCACACAAACUACAAAAGAAUCUAUAAUGAAUAUCCUCCUGUAAAGGUGAUGGUGCAAGAAAUUGCAAAGGUAAUGCAAGAAUCGACCCAAUCUGGUGGUAUCAGGCCAUUCGGUGUUUCAUUGCUCGUUGGUGGCUACGACAAGCACUCGAAUUCUUUCCAAUUAUAUCAGGUUGAUCCUUCAGGGAGUUAUUUCCCAUGGAAGGCCACCGCAAUUGGCAAAACCUCUGUUUCCGCUAAAACAUUCUUGGAAAAGAGAUGGAACGAAAAUUUAGAAUUGGAAGAUGCUAUCCACGUUUCUUUGUUGGCAUUGAAAGAGUCUGUAGAUGGAGAAUUAACUGGUGAAAAUUUGGACAUUGCAAUUGUUAGUGAUUCCCAAGAACAUUUGUUAGGUUUUAAAGGUACUAAUGUUGAGGGUCCAAGAUUCAGAAAAUUGUCUGCGGAAGAAAUUAACGAUAGAUUAGAUGCAUUAUAA